AUGUCCCCACCCGGGGGUCGCCGCUGUCCCCCCGCUCUGCUGGCCCUGCUGCUGGCCCUGGCCCCCAGCCCAGCCUCUCCUGGGCUCAGCCCCCGCCGGAACUCCCCGGGAUCCAUCCCAGGAUCCCCGGAAUGCCGGGAUCGAGCGGUGCCCGCCGGGGGAUCGCUGUGCCUGGAGCUGGAGGAGCCCCCGUGGGAGUGGACAGAGCUCCAGUGGAGGGUGAAGAUGGAUUCGGGAGGGCGGGAGCGGAUCCUGACGGCCUACAGGAACGGCCACGUCACGUAUCCCAAUGGAUCCUUCCACGGCAGGGCGGAAUUCCAGCUGGGAAUUCUCUCCCUGUGCGUGUCCCCCGCGGCCGGAGGGGACAGCGGGACCUUCCUGGCCGAGUUCUGGAAUUCCUCCAGGAUCUUCAGGCGGUGCUUCCGGGUGGCCGUGUUGGAUCCCAUCCAGGAGCCGCGGUUGGAAUCUCGGAUCCUGGCUCGGGAUCCGGGCUGGUGCCUCCUGUCCCCGUAUCCCAUCCAGGAGCCGCGGUUGGAAUCUCGGAUCCUGGCUCGGGAUCCGGGCUGGUGCCUCCUGUCCCUGCUCUGCUCCAGCCCCGGGAACGUCUCCUACAGCUGGGAAUGUCCCGGCGAGCCCCCGGAACCCCCGGAAUUCCCGGAAUUAUCCCCAAAAUCCCCGGAAUUAUCCCCGGAAUCCCUGGAAUCCCCAUCCCGCCUCACCCGGAGGGUCCCCGAGGACGCGGAACCCCAAAUUUGCCUCUGCAACGUCAGCAACGCCGCGGGCUGGGGCGCGGCCAGAGCCCCCCUCACCUGCCCAGGAAUUCCCGGGAAUUUCGGCCCCUGGAUAGCGGCGGCCGUGGCCGUGGGGCUGAUCCUGCUCCUGGCGGGCAGCGGCUGCUGCUGGAAGCGGAGCAAGAAUUCCCGGGAAGAGCCCCCCGGAGCCCCCCCGGAGCAGCCCCUGACCAUCUACGCCGAGGUGGGAGAGAGGAAACCCCGCCAGGACCCCGCCGGGAGCAGCGAGGCCGCCCGGGAAGGAGCCACCGUCUACGCCGUGGUCGCUCCCAGGACACUGGAGCAUCCCAGGCACCAGGAGGAAUCCGGGAAUUUCACCGUUUACUCCACGGUCCAGUUUGGACGGAGGCCUCCCUCCACCAAGAGGAAGAGGCUGGACCGAGCUUUGGUCUCCACCGCCUACUUGGAGGAUAACGGGAUUUUCAGGCUCUCGGGUUUCUCCAAAACCCCGGAAUUCCCGUCCCUAUGGAAUUCUUCUCCCGGAAACUCCGGCGGCCGCCUGAUGGAAUAGGAAAAAUCCAGAAAUCCCAUUUUUUUUCCCACCAAGAUUCAACCUCCGGAGCGAAGAUUUGGGGGUGGGGAAGUCUGGAUGGGGAUGGAUUUGGGAUUGGACAGGUCGGGA